AUCCCUUCUCAACAAAAUAAACACUCCCGACCCAUACGGCUCUUUUCAACCGAUGAGGGGGUGCCUCUGCUCGGGGCGGAUGGAGUCCAUCGACAGUAUCGGCACGAAAACAGGCCGAGGAUAUGGAAGAUAGGGUUUGAACUUUAAAGUUUGGUUACGAUGAAGUUCAGGCAGACAAAUUUCAAUGUGCUUGCUAUGGACAUAGAUUCCCACACGCAUGUCUGUCAUCCGUCACAGCGUUUCUCAAUUAUCACUUUUCGAUGACAGAUAUUCAUACUUUUUCUUCAGCAGCUCAAGAACUACGUGGUGAAGAUCUCUGUUCAAUAGCUAAACCAAUGUAUAAACUCCGUACACGAGUGUUGCUGUAGCAGCUGUGCAGCCAAAUCUCUGUUUAAAUUUAAGUCAAAAUUAUAUUAUGGUUUCUUAAAAAAAUUUCUAAUCCCCACAAUACUUGGAAUAUACUGUAUAAUCUCUAAUCUGGUACACUUUGGUAGUUUGAUCUUGCAUAACAUGUCUGCAAACCAUCACAUCAUAUUUAGGAGGUUCAGCCUAAUUAACAAAAUAAGCUCUUCCCCAGGGCUUUUGGAUAGCCAUGCCUUUUAAUACGCAUUGGGUACAAGGAUGCAUUGUGAACAUAUUUUCUCUGCAGUCAUACAGUCAGCAGUGUCUGAUUUGUGAAUUUCACCACAAAAAAGGCUUUAUCAAUAACCAAGUUGUAUUUUCACAGUUUGAUAAUAAUGUGAUUCCCAGAUCAUUCCUGUGAUUUGUAGACCUUAAGAGAGCCCUCUAUGGUGAGUUCAGUUUUAUUUUGACCGUACAAAGAAAAGAUAAAAAUCUGGAAAAGUUCAUGAGAUUGUCAGUUAAAUUAAAGUGUGCUUAUUAAUGUUAUAGUAUACACACACACCCUGCAAUAUACCACGUUCGUGUAGAUGUACAGGUACAUAUACAUAUACUUACCUAGGUUUGGGCCAUCCCUUUCUCAUGGUCUUCCUGGGGUUAUGAUGUGAGUAGUGUUUUUCAUUUAUUUUGAUUAAUUUUCAGAUUGUUGUCUAACGCUAACGUCUGGGACUUAUAGUGUUCAUUGUGUAACACCUAUCAUCUGAGGCCUAGUUCCAACUUGUGAAGUUGUGUAAAUGACGGAGUCGUCAUUAGCCAGUAGCCUUUGACAGUGCAAGUGUGCAGUUGUUCUCCACAUACGUUUGUAAAACCUAAGACAGACGUUUGAAUAAUAAUCACGGGGCACAGAUACAUAGAAGUCUUGUGCAUCUGUUAAAAAGUAGACCGAAACUCCUUUUGGAGUCAAUUGACUUUUUGAGGCAGUCACAAUGAGUUUUCUCUGGGUAAUAUUUGGGUUCAGGCUAGGAUGAACUAUGAUCUAACACGUUCGGUGCACUGUAAUGUCACUACAUGAAUGACACUUUGUUAACUUAUUGUUGAACCUUAGAGUUUGAACCAUUCAAAGACAAGUGUUUUUGAAAUUGUUUGAUAAAACUUCACCGAUACGUCCUUCCUCUAUAGCGGUUGUUUGAACCAAGGGUUAAAUGGUGAUCGCCUAGAUCGACUUUAUAUCAAGUUUGGCAUCCUGUCUCAGUGCCUGGUAGAAUGAAUUAUUUUUAUUUGCCUAACCCUGAAUUUUAGAGUCCUUUUUAGGUGCUGGCUCUGUGCUAGACCACAGUAGCAAUGAUGUUGAAUUGUUAAUGGCACAAUGACUUCAACUGUGAUGGCGGGUCGACCAUUUGCCGGGAACGUUUGUCUGGUGACGGGGGCCAGCCGUGGGAUCGGCAAAGGCAUUGCUCUUCAGCUCGGAGAUGCUGGUGCCACUGUGUACAUCACUGGUCGGUCCCUGGACCCAAAAGGCAAGGGAAAGCCUGGAUCAUUAAGAGACACAGCGGAUGAGAUUGAGGGACGAGGAGGCAAGUGUAUCCCUGUGCAAUGUGAUCAUGGGGAUGAUGAGCAAGUCAAGCUGCUGUUUGAGAAGAUCUCCAAGGAGCAGAAUGGACGACUCGAUAUCUUGGUGAACAACGCGUACUCAGCAAUAUCAGAGCUGCUAAAAACGACUGGAAAGACGUUUUGGGAGUUGCCUGUAUCCAUGUGGGACACGAUCAACAGAGUUGGAUUGAGGGGCCAUUACGUGGCCACGUGGCACGCUGCUCAGAUGAUGGUACCUGCGAAACACGGUCUCAUCGUCAAUAUCUCAUCACCUGGGGGGCUCAUCUAUAUCUUCAAUGCACCGUACGGCGUGGGGAAAAUUGGGUGUGAUCGCAUGGCGGUGGACUGUGGCCUGGAGUUGAAGAAACACAACGUUGCCAUGCUGUCAUUGUGGCCAGGACCAGUGAAGACGGAGACUCUUCUUGGCACGUGGACCGCUGAGAACAGGACAGAUCUCGAAAGGGACAGCUACGAAUACACCAUGAAGUACGGAGAGUCAACCGAGUAUUCCGGAAAAGCUGUUGUCCAUCUUGCAAAAGAUCCCCAAAUCAUGACUAAAACUGGUCGUAUUUUCAUCACGGCAGAGGUAGGAUAUGAGUAUGGAUUCCGGGACAUCGACGGUAAAACUCCGGCAAGUUUGCGGCAGGCCAAGACGCUGUUCCUCUGGACUGGCCACCCCUGGCUGGCUGCUUUGACGCCCCCUUUCGUUAAGUUUCCAUAUUGGCUGCUGGCACUCGGAGGAAACCACUUCUAAAAAGGCAUGCUGAUGUGAAUCCAGGAUACAAAUAAUUGGCAGAUCUAUGAUUCAAUGCAUGGGACUAUGCUCCCACCGCACCCCCCAAAAUGAAACAAUCUUUUUUAACAAGUAUAAUAUAGAAGGGGGACCACACAUGAUUCAUUUUCCUCUUCGAAGAGCGUGUAAAAAGGCCGAAACGUAAGCCUUUCCCUUAAAACAGGCCGUAAAAGGUAACAGAGUGAUUUUCAUAAUUUGGGUCCUCCCAAGAAAUGCUCCCCCAGUAGAAUAUUUGGUUCUGGAUCCACCUUUGUAAUUAGUUUCUGAAACGUUCAGAAUGCCACUGUCUUCAGAAAACCUUCUUCAGAACUCCUUCUUUACUAACUUCUUCUUACUAUUGGGCUCACAAUCGGAUCCCCUUCAACCCAGAACCAGACCACCAAAAGAAAGAUGCUUUUGUUUGGGGUUAAUUUUUUCGUUAUUGAAAGGUUGAACCAAAUGUGGCACACCUAAGCGACAGAUAACCAAAAUGCUGACAUGUAAUGGCUCAGAUUUAAGAUGUGACAAGUUCAAUAGUUGAAGAGACGUAAUUUUAAAAUCAUAUUGCAGACGACCAUAUAAAUUCAUUUUUUAAUCAAGUUGUGUAAUUAAAGAGCAACGUAGGGACUUUUUCAGCUCCUUU